GUUCCCGCAAGGUCCUGUCUUCUUUUUUCUCCCUUUUCUGCCCCUAUUCAGGUUCGUUAGGUGGUAUGGAUAACAACAAACCACAAAAUGGGAACCCUUGUACGCCUGUGGUCGAUUCCUUUGGUAUCUAGUCCGGGUUUAGAUACGGUUUCGGAGGUCCACUGGCUUUUAGUAGCAGCGAAUUUGACCCGGAGCCGAAGACGGACGACCCGGGAUUCUGGACACUAUUUACACGAGCCGUGGCAGUACAGAAGCCCGCACAGAAGCCUGUACCCGAGCCUCGGUUUGAACCAGAACCAGAGGCAGCGCCAGGCCCGAAGCCCGUAUCCGAAGCUAGACUGCCUGAGGAUCCGCUCUAUAACGACCUGGACAAUCUCAGGUCUAAAGAGAAAGAGAAACGAGAGAAGAAUGGCCUCCACCUCCACCGCCGGAGCUUGUACAGUGUUGCUCAAAGGAAUUCCAUGGAAUGGUAUAGGGGCAGACUGGGAGGUACCAUUCCAUGGAAUUCCUUUGAGCAACAUUGAGCUUGUAGCGGCGGAGCAUGUAUAUAUGUCAGUAUUUGAUGAAAAUUAAAGAGCUCACGAUUACUAUUUUACCUAUGAAUCCAAUACUCCUAUUUUUCCAUGCAGGGUGCUUU